GGGAAGGGUUCCACCAUAAUGGCUGCGGAAAUAGCUCUGAAAAUCGCACCUGUGUUAGAAGCUCGAUUACGCAACAACGAACCUAUUCAUGGGGCGGACGAGCUGUGUGCUAGCGACGACGACGAGGAUAGUGAAGAUGAAAAGAAACAUGAAAAGCUCCUCAAGGAGAUCAGAUCCUUAUCUUCCAAUGGGAAAAAGAGGGUUGCAUCACAACGAUCAGAGCCACAUAAACAGGUGUCAGAGUUUCAUCUCAGUUCUGUUCAAGAUGGCACACAACAAGUUGAUCUGAAUGAUCUUAUUGGGUCCUUGAACAACACAAAUGAAUAUGGCAGUCUCAAGAAAAAGUUGGACAGUAUGCAGAGGAAUUCAAAUACCCUUGAUGUUCCUCUGCCAAAACCAGAAGUACAGAAAAUUCAGCGCACAAUUGCGUAUGGAGAAACCAAAAAAGAUAUUGAAAAAUGGGCGCCCACUGUGAAAAAGAAUAGAGAGGCUGAACAUUUAUCAUUUCCACUGAAACCAUACACACCACCUGUACUGUCACUGAGCGGAUUGGCAGUGAAGUUCAAGCCUCGCACUCCCCUGGAGGAAGAAGUUGCUGCAGUUCUGAGGGGGAGCAGUCAUGUUCUUGAGCGGAGGAACAAGGAGCUGACAGAAGAAGAAGAGAAAGCAUUACUUGGCAUGGAUUUAGAGGAGGCAAAGGAGAGAAGACAUGAAUUACAGAAGCUACGAGCACUGCAGUCUUAUUAUGAAGCAAAAUGUCGUAGGAUGAAGAAAAUCAAAAGCAAAAAAUAUCAUCGGGUAAAGCGGAAAGCUGAGAAACGUGCAGCUGAAAAAAGAGCUGAAGAAGAUCCUCAGGCAGAAGAUGAUAAAGAUGCUUUGGAAAAAGUUGAAAAACUAAGAGCUGAGGAACGUAUGUCACUCAAACAUCGGAAUACUUCAAAGUGGGCCAAGCACCUCAUAACUAAAGCAGGAAAGAAUGCAGAUGCUAAGAAAUUACUGCAAGAACAACUACGUAUCAGCCGAAACUUGACACAGAAAGCUGCAGAGUUAGAAAGUGAUGAAGAAAUGGAGGCACCAAUGCAAGAGCCAGGUUUGGAAGAUAAUGAAGAGGAAUCAGACAGUUAUGGAAAUCUUGUUACUUCUGAGGACAAUCCAUGGAAGCUUGACACAAGUGGGGCAGGAUUUCAUUCAUUAGAAACUUCAAACAACGUCGACAAUGAUUCUUCUAUCAAGCUCCACCGGCUUCAGCCAAUCAGAACACAGGAGGCAGAUAAUGAGGAUGAGGAAGAUUCAGAGCAACUUGAUGUUCAUGAGAGGGAGACUGAGGAAGAGUUUGAAUUACAACCGGUCAGUGUCACUCAGAGAUCCACAAAGAAAACAAAGAAACAACACUUUGAAGAGGCGAAAAUCAGAAAAAAACGGAAACCCAAAGACACUGGGGACGAAGUGACCGUAAAAAAGAAAAAACAAUCUGAUAAGUCGAAAAGAAACUCUAAACAUAUUCUUAAUGAAGCGAAAAAGAGUCGUUCUAAAACUCAACACGAGAUAAAGAUGGUUAAUAUCUCUGAGGAUACGAAAGAUGAUGGAACAGGCAGCACUGGUCAGAGAAAUUCCUUUACGAAUGGAAAACGUGCUGGAAACGACGCUAGUGCUGAAACAGUGAACUCAAAAUCAAAAGAAAUUCGUGUGGACCCGACAAAAAUUUUUAGAAUCGAGGAUCAAGGAAAUGUUGGGAGUGAUUCCCUUCAACAGAAGCGAAUCGAUAUUCAGCAAGCGUUCGCCAAUGAUGAUGUUGUAGAAGAGUUUAUUCAGGAAAAGAAGGAGAUAGAGGAGGCUUCCACACCAAAAGAUGUAGACCUGAGUCUGCCUGGUUGGGGAAGCUGGGCUGGGGCAGGUAUAAAACCAUCUGUGAAAAAAAAGGAGAAGUUUAUCAAGAAAGCCGACCCAGCCCCUCCCCGGAAGGACAAGAAUUUGGCGCACGUGAUUAUUAAUGAAGAGAAGAGCCAGUUGUUCAGUAGGAAUCAGGUUUCCUCGGUUCCCCAUCCUUACGGAAACCAUGUACAGUUUGAAAGGAGCGUGCGGAAUCCUGUGGGUAAGCACUGGAACACAAGCACAACUUUCAAUCAACUGACAAAACCACGUGUGUCGACUCUCAUUGGCACGAUUAUAGAGCCCAUGAGAGCGACUAAAGAAAUCAAGCGGAGCCAUCCGGAAGACAGGAAAAACAAGAAGUUGAAAGGAACCUCAGGAAUUGCAAUGCACAGCUGACAAAGAGAACUGUGUUGACUGAUAACGUACAUAUUAAGAUACGGAAAUAAAUAAAUGAAUUAA